CCCGCCACUAGGCCCCCAUUUGCCUGAAAGACCCCGCCAGAGCUCCCUGCGUCGCGAGACACUGCUUGCCCAUCACCGAUUACCAACAUCAUCCACCAACCUACCACACCUACCACACCUGCCACACGUACAAGCCCGCGUCUGCACCUUCCCUUGACCGACAACCUAUUAGAUUUUUUGUCUCAAAAGGCACGCAGAUAGCCAUGACCGAGCCGUCCUAAUGGAACCCACCAUGUCAACUCAGGAGCGCCAGCUCUGCGAAUUCCUCAGAGAGCUCCCUGCAAGAUGGAACUACGAGUACGACGACCAAGCACACCACGAUCUGCUCGAAAGUCUUUUUUGGUCCUUGGCAGGAGGCGAGCGCUACAUGCCCCUCUUCUUCCCCUCCGGCCGACCUUCCCACAACCACAAGCUCCACGAUGCCCAGGGAGCCGUCGAGGGCGCCGAGUACACCGAGGCCGCUCGCGGGAAGCGAUGCGGCCACAUCUUCAAGCCCGGAGAAGCAUCCUACUCCUGCAGAACCUGCAGCACCGACGAUACAUGUGUGCUGUGCAUGCGAUGCUUCGACUCGACCGACCACGCCGGCCACAUGGUCCGUAUUAGCAUCUCAGUCGGCAACAGUGGCUGCUGCGACUGCGGCGAUGACGAGGCCUGGCGCCUUCCCAUGUUCUGUACGAUUCACUCCGAGACCGACCCGGAAAAGGGCGAGGGGAAGGGGAAGGAACCCGCGGGUCUGCCCGAGGACCUGGUCCAGAACAUGCAGAUGACGAUUGGCCGUGUCUUUGACUACAUCUGCGACGUCAUAUCCUGUUCACCGGAACAGUUGCGCCAGGGCAAGACAGCAGACUCGAUCCAAGCCGACGAGGAGCUCUCGCGCCUGUCUCCAGACAUCUACGGAGAAGGUCCCACUGGGCAUGCCGAAUAUGCGCUAGUUCUCUGGAACGACGAGAAGCACACCAUGGAGGACGUCCAGAAUCAGAUUGCGCGGGCUUGCAGGACAACCGAGGCCCAGGCUUUGCAGCGCGCCACCGAAACCGACCUCAUCGGCCGCAGCAUUCUGAAGCGCCUCGAUGACCUGGACGCCCUUCUCGAGAUGGCCGCCAAACUAGAACAUAUCAAGGUCACCGUCACCAUCAGGUCGUCGCGCGACACCUUCCGCGAACAGAUGUGCGGGGCCAUGAUCGAGUGGCUCGGCGACAUCGCCGGUUGCAGUGUUGGAUCAGACCACGCUGUUUUGCGAAAUAUCGUCUGCCAGGAGAUGAUGAAGCCCUGGCGGAAGGGUAGCCCCGGAAGCCAUGCCAUAGUGGGAAAGGACGGCAUCUACGAUGAAGAGAGAUUCCUGCGGAACCUCGAACAAUCUCAAUCCUUUACUCAGCAUGUAUUGCUCCAGAUGCAGCGCAUAGCUGCCGAACAGCAAGCCCGGCCAGGCGACAGCGAUGACGAGGAUGUCGACAUGGCCAGGGGUGACGGCACGCCGGACAGUGACGCGGGAGACGACGAUGACGACGAUGACAUUGACGACGACGAUAUUAUGAUGGUUGAUGUCCGUGCCGAUGGUCCCGGAGAUAUCGGCCUCGAGUGGCGUGGCAAUGACCAAGCCUUGGAAGAAGACGAAGCCACAAUGGCCGGUUAUCCACCGCCUCCGCCGCCGCCCGCCGCCGCUCGGCGGACCGCCAGAGAUCGCGAUCUGACGCCCUCGGAUUCCGACACGGCAGAGCCGCUGAUUGCACCCGCCAUUUAUGCCAAGGCCAAUCUGGAGAUACCGAAAACGCCUGGACAGGGUGAGAAGACACCCUCGCCGAAACCAGGUAGGUACUGGCUCGAGACUCCUCCAGGCUACAUGAACCGGGAGAACGUGCCCCCCGCCGAAGACGUCUUCCAGAGGGUCCGGCUCGACUGGCUCAUUCUCUUCGACCUUCGCAUGUGGAAGAAGGUCCGUAAUGACUUGCGCUCUCUCUACAUCUCCACUGUAGUUUCGAUCCCCGAGUUCAAGCGCAUUCUGGGUCUGCGGUUUGCUGGCCUGUACACGACCCUGGCUCAGCUCUACUUGAUUGGGGACCGAGAGCCCGACCACUCCAUCAUCAACCUGUCUCUGCAGAUGCUCACGACGCCGUCCAUCACCGCCGAGAUUGUCGAACGCGGAAACUUCAUGACGAGCUUGCUUGCCAUCUUCUACACCUUCCUCACCACGAGACAAGUGGGCUACCCCUGGGAUGUCUCGUCCAACGCAGUUCUUGCUUUCGAUUCCGGCUCAGUGACGAACCGCCGCAUGUACCACUUCUAUCUGGACUUGAAGUACCUCUUCGGCUCGCCACAAGUUCAGGAAAAGCUACGGACCGAAGAGCGGUACCUCUUGCAAUUCCUUGACCUUGUCAAGCUGCACCAGGGCAUCGGACCCAAUGUCCGCGCUGUGGGAGAACACGUUGAGUACGAAACGGACAGCUGGAUAACUGCCUCGCUGGUGACACGCGAAAUCAACAGACUCGCUCGGCAGCUUGCCGACGCGUACAGAGGCGUGCCGGAUAACGAGGCUCACUUUGUCGCUCAGGCCAUCAGGCUGACAGCCAAGGCCGUCAUCCUCCAUUCUGUUGGCGCCGAACGGCAUCGCUUCAAGCAGGCCGAGAUCAAAGAAGAAAUCAAGUUCAAGACCUUGGGCGAUUUCGAGUUCGACAACGAGUCGGCACGGUAUGACGUCGUUAAGUUUACCGUCGAGGAAGACCCCAUCAGCUUCCAUCAUGCCCUUCACUACACUCUUUCAUGGCUGGUUGAGUGCGGGAAGUCUCUGCCUGCUUCAAGCAUGCGAGCCCUCUUGAGCUUCACGACGCAAGACCUGAAGCUGCCCCCGCGCUUCAUGGGUCGCAAGGUCAUGCCAAGACGAGACAACUCUCCGGAGGACAAUCUCAUGGCUGCGUUUGACUAUCCGUUGAGGGUCUGCGCUUGGUUGGCUCAGAUCAAGGCGAACAUGUGGGUUCGCAAUGGCAUCAGCCUGCGCCAUCAGGCGGCGACGUACCGCGGAGUCAGCCAAAGAGAUGUCUCUCAUCACAGAGACAUCUUCCUCCUGCAAACCGCCAUGGUAAUCGCCGAUCCUAGCCGCGUUCUCGCGUCCAUCAUUGAUCGAUUCGGUAUGGAGAAAUGGGUCAAGGGGUUCUUCGAGCAAAAGUCGGCCGCUCAAGACGACGCACAACAUCUGGAUGUGGUCGAGGACAUGAUUCAUCUCCUGAUUGUGCUUUUGAGCGACCGUACCUCGCUUAUUGCCUCCGAGGAUGAGCCCAACGCCAAUAUUCUUGCCAUUCGCCGCGAUCUCACCCACAUUCUGUGCUUCAAGCCAUUGUCCUUUAAUGAAAUAAGCAACAAGCUGCCUGAGAAGUGGCAGGAACAGGAAGAUUUCCAUCGCGUUCUCGACGAGAUGGCGUCGUUCAAGCCCCCCGAGGGCGUCUCGGACGUCGGCACAUUCGAGCUGCGGCCCGAGUUCGUGGAGCACAUCGACCCCUACAUCGCCCACUACAACAAGAACCAGCGAGAGGAGUCCGAGCUGGCGUAUCGCAAGAAGAUGGCCAUCAAGACCGGCAAGCCAGUGGAGGAGAUCGUAUACGAGCCCAAGCUUCGGUCGAUCCCCUCGGGUCUCUUCAAGGAUCUUGCAGCCUUCACCAGCACCGGCAUGUUUGGCCAGAUCAUCUACUACUCUCUGUUGUAUCCACUCGUUGCUGCCAGGCUCACGCCGAGCGUGCCGUCGACUCGAACCGAGACCUUCCUCCAGGUCGUCCUUCACCUGAUCCUGAUUGCCAUCUCUGAGGACAAGGCGGACGAGAGUGACAUGACGGAGGAGUCUCUCAACUCGUUCGUGUUCAUCGCCCUGACACGAACCGCCCGGAGCAACUUUAUGCAAGAGGCGCCCAACGCCAAGACCAUCGUUGCUUUGUUGGACAUGAUGUCCACCAAGGAAGAGUUCAAGGCAUGCCAUCCCAAGAUUGGUCUUAUUCUCAAGAGAAUGCGACAGAAGCGGCCGCGCAAUUUUGAGAAUGCCUACGUGCGGCUUGGUGUCUCGGUCGACCGCAUCGACACUGCCUCUCCAGCGAACAACUCUGCAGAGGAGGAGCGCGAGCGCAAGAAGAAGGCGGCGCUGAGCCGGCAGGCAAAGGUCAUGGCCCAGUUUCAACAGCAGCAGAAGAGCUUCUUGGAGAACCAGGGCAACAUCGACUGGGGCUCCGAUCUCGAUGACGAGGAGGACACGGACCAGGCUGAGACCGCUGAUCGCAAGAAUAACUGGAAGUAUCCUACCGGGACUUGCAUCCUGUGCCAGGAAGACACGGACGACCGUCGUCUCUACGGAACUUUUGCACUCUUCAAUGAGAGCCACAUCCUUCGACAGACGGACCUGCAAGACCCCGACUUUGUGCGGGAGGCAUUCCACACGCCCUCGAGUCUGGAUCGGUCUGCAGAGGACAUCCGGCCCUUUGGCGUUGCCCACGAGAACCGACAAGAAGUCACAAAGGUCAAUGCCAAGGGCGAGAAGUUCGUUUCGGAGCGCCAGACCAUUGGAAAAGGCUUUCCGUCGAACCUUUCGCGCCCUGGGCCUGUCUCGACCGGUUGUGGCCACAUGAUGCACUACAGCUGUUUCGAGAUGUAUUUCGACGCGACCAAUCGCCGGCACCAUCAUCAAAUCGCGAGACAUCACCCAGAGAACCUCCGAAGGCAGGAGUUCGUCUGCCCGUUGUGCAAGGCUCUCGGAAACGCGUUCCUGCCCAUCAUCUGGAAGGGCCAAGAGGAAUGUUUCCCCGGCCCCCUUCAGUCCCAGCGCAUUUUUGCAGACUUCCUUGACGCGCAGAUGCGAUCGGGCUACUAUAUCCUCGGCGCAAACCGUCCGCCGGACGAGGUUCAGUCCUCGUUUGCCAGCUACACGGCAGGACAAGUCACCGGCGCAUUGGCAGAGAAGGCGCCUCAGCUUCUGGAAGAGGCGUGGACGGCCGAUGAGUCCGACUCUGUAGUCACCAACACACCUCUGACGUCCCUGUUCCCAAUGGCCAGCACGCCCAUCACCAACCGUCGAUCUGUACCGAGCGACGGCUCCACCCUAAUGGGCGAGCUGGCCAAGGUGUACCGUCGUCUUCGCGACACCGUGCGGUCGAAUGGCUUUAAGAGUCGCCAUGACAAGCUCCACAUCGAGUUGCGAGAGAGGAACGAGUUAUGUCACAGCGAUAUCCUGUCGAAGCUGGUUGGUUACUCAGUCUCGGCUGCGGAAAUCCAGCAGCGCGGCACCGAGGCCCAGUACGGCAUGACGCUCUUGGAGAAGAUUCCCGACCAGAGCUUGACGCAUCUGCGGAUCCUAGCCGAGACGGCCACUGCCUACAGAGCUGUUGGUGGUCUCAAGGCAGGCGGCGACAAUUGGAUCGACGAGGAGUUCCGGCUGGACAGUGAGCGGCAACAUGUCCAGCUCUUCGUAUCCCAGUACUUCGGACAAGAGACCGAGCAUGUCAGGCGGCCCAUCGACGUCUAUCCGCCGUUGCUUGGCGAGGAUGCCUUCAUCUUCCUCACGGAAUGCGUAUUUGGCGUGAUCCCUGCACAGAAUUUUGAUGUCGCGCACAUCCUGAGGCUCUGCUAUCUCGCCGAGAUCGUCAAGGUCGUCUACCACAUGGGGCGCAACAUCCCCGUGUCCAUCUGGGUUAACCACCUCCUCAACAGGGAGACGCAGGACCCUGUAUUGAAGAACUUUGCCGAAUUCUGCCUUGCCAUUACCAAAGUGGGCAUGGAGAUCAACGUGUCCCACCACGAGAUGCCGGCAGAUCUGGGCGACAACCGCGGCUUCGGCCAGCCGGAGCUGGACAACCUCGAGGGCUACUACACGUUCGUGAAGAAAUACGCCUUAACCUUCCUCAGGAAAAGCGUCGUUCUUCUUUACGUCAAGUACGGCGUGGAUUUUAACAGCCACGUCUCCCCUCAACCGGACGCGGAUGAACUGGACCGCCUUACCGAAGCCCUCCGCGUGCCAACCUUUGACGAGAUGUGCGCCGCCAUCACGGACAAUGGGCCUGCCUGCGGCUGGCCAGCUUCAACGACAAGUCUGGUCAGUGGCUGGAUCCGACACCAGAUCAUGUGGCCCGGUGACAAUAUGGACAAGCUCCCCCGUUCUGCCCUUGUCAGCCAUCCGGGCAUCUUCGAGCUGGUGGGGUUGCCCAAGAAUUACGAGGCACUAAUUGAAGAAGCCACCCGACGCAAGUGCCCGACGACAGGCAAGGAUGUUUCGGAUCCCAUGAUUUGCCUGCUUUGUGGAGAUGUCUUUUGCGGCCAGGCCGUCUGCUGUCUCAAGGAAGAGACGUCGCCUGGCGAUCGCGAGCCCCAGAGGAUUGGCGGCUCGCAGCAACACAUGCGAAAGUGUCAAGGCAACAUUGGCUUGUUCCUCAACAUCCGCAAGUGCUGCAUCUUCUACCUAUUCCGGCUGUCCGGAUCCUUCAGCAGCGCGCCUUACAUCGACAAGUACGGCGAGACAGACUUGGGUCUGCGCCACGGCCGGCAACUGUUCCUGAACCAGAAGCGCUACGACUCUAUGCUACGGAACACGUUCCUCAGCCAUGGUAUCCCGAGCUUCAUUAGUCGUAAGUUGGAGGCGGAGAUCAACAACGGCGGUUGGGAGACGAUCUGACCUCCGCGGAUGGGGGUUCGAUUGGACUGUCGAAGGAAGCGAUCGGUUGGGUCGGGGCGUAGGAGGGGGGUUAGGUGUGAAGGGUGGGUUUGCCAUGGAGAUAACCUCGGUGCUUCUUCCACAAGAGUUGCCGCCGUUUUGACCUGGAGUGGAUAGACUUGCAUGCAUCUGCUUACUGUUAUAGUUGUUGUUCCUUGCCAGAGCACAUGCUCGUCAUUUGAGAGCCGCCGAGGGGGGCAGUGGGAGGAAGGCGUUUCAGCAGGUUGGCGAGAUUGUUUGAUUACCGAAGAAAUCAAGGUAGAAUUAUAUUGGCGUUGCCGUAGGUAAUCUAUGUUUCCACGAGGCAAGGCUCCUCCUCCUCCAUCGGUCUUGCGUGGUCUUUGAAAUCUCCCGCUGGCCUCAUCGGCCCUCACCCCCCCUAUUUGUCGUCGUUUGGUAUCACUCCUUGGGAACUUUGAGCCCCCAAUCGGAGUUGGGUUUCUUGGUCUGUUUCCUUCUUGGUUGUCGUCGCGUCGACUUUUCUACCGUCACAUGC